AUGGACAUGAUGAUUUCCAAUCUGCAACAGCAGCGGCAGAUAACGGAACAGCUUCGCCGAGAAGCAGCCGUGAAACGUAUACCUGUUUCACAAGCUAUACAAGAUAUUAUAAAAUAUAUCAGGGAACGGGAAAUGGAAGAUUGUCUAAUGGUUGGUUUUUCAUCGCAGAAAGCUAAUCCGUUCAGAGAGAAAAGUAGUUGUGCAGUUAUUUAA